AUGACUGUCCUCAAUCACCGUUCACCCGUUGUUUCCACCUCGUUAGCAGAAAAUUCACCGGCUAAUGUUAUCGUUGGGCCAAGCGCACACCAAUUGGCUGCUCGCCACGUGGUACCCAAAGAGCUGCCAGUCUUCAGUGGGGACCCGUCCGAUUGGCCAAUUUUCGUGACCAGCUACAAUAACUCUACACAAAUAUGCGGUUAUACAGACACAGAGAAUCUUAUGAGAUUGCAACGGAGUAUAAAAGGCAGUGCUUUAGACGCGGUGAAAAGUUUCCUGUUACACCCGUCAACGGUAUCGAAUGUUCUCUCCACCUUGUAUACGCUCUAUGGGAGACCGGAGAUAAUUGCGAAUGAUCUUUUAUCUAAAGUACGAUCAACACCACCGCCAAAGGCGGACAAAUUGGAAACGCUUUUGAAUUUCGGGCUAAUCGUUCAAAAUUUAUGUGCCCAUCUCAAAGCAGUGGGGAUGGAUAGUUUUUUGAAAAAUCCAAUGCUGCUAAAUGAACUAGUGGAUAAAUUGCCAACAAACAUACGAUUGGAUUGGGCGCUUUACCAACGCCAAAUCUUAUUGCCCGAUUUACUAACGUUGGGAGAGUUCAUGUCUUCAAUAGUCUCUCCGGUCAGUCAUAUAGUUCCGCCCGCAGUACGAAGUUCCCAAAAGUAUGAGCAGGCGAAAGGGAAGGGUUUCAUAAAUGCACACGCGAUAGAAAACAACAGUAGCACAUUUGGUUCUUCAGACAGUCAGCCGAAACCGUGUCCAGUUUGUCAACGGAGUGGACUUAAAGUUAUGGACUGUUUUGAAUUCAAAAAACUUUAUGUCGAUAGUCGUUGGAAAGCACUUCAGUUGCAUCAUUUGUGUCGUCGUUGUUUGGUACCACAUGGGAAGCGACCUUGUAAGAGCUUUGUUUGUGGGAUCGACGGUUGCGAAUAUCGGCACCAUAGACUCCUCCACUCCACCAAAUCACGCGAUAGAACCAAUUUGGGUGAACAAGCAGCGACGUCCGGAACAGUCACGAUCCAUCAUAACAAGGGGAAGUGCAUUCUUUUUAAAAUAAUUCCCAUUACCGUUUAUGGGAAAAAUGUUUCCGUAGACACAUUCGCGUUUCUGGACGACGGGUCGGAGUUAACAUUGAUGGAUAAGAAACUUUCUGAUCAGCUUGGAGUAGAGGGUAAGGCAGAUCCCCUUUGCUUACAAUGGACCGGAAACGUUACUAGGAGGGAAUCCGAUUCCUGUGUUAUACAGUUAAAAAUAUCUGGUCGUGGGAUUAAUAAACAAUUCCUAUUGAAAAAUGUUCAUACCAUAAGAAAUUUGAACUUACCGACACAGACGUUAAAAUGCAGUGAUAUGCAGAACCAAUUCCAACAUUUACGUGGGCUUCCAGUGGCUGACUAUCAUAACGUUGUUCCAUCCUUACUUAUUGGUUUAAACAAUACACAUCUGAUCAUCAAUUUUAAAGUUAGAGAAGGUAGAUCAAUUGAACCGGUGGCAGCAAAAACAAGACUGGGUUGGUCCAUUCACGGAAGCGUGCGGGAUCCUGAAAAUAGUUACGAACAUCGACACGUGCACUUAUGCGCACGAUCACAGGACGAAGACUUGCACCACCUCGUACAAAAUUUCUUUAAUAUCGAGGGGGCAGGAGUGUCCACUAUUCGUCCUAUUGAAUCUGUGGAUGACCAACGGGCUCGUACAAUUUUGGAGGAAACCACUUCCCGAACUCGAACAGGUCGUUUCGAGACAGGUAUACUCUGGCGAUACGACAAUUUGGAGUUCCCUGACAGCCGGUUGACUGCAGAACGCAGGCUACAUUGUUUGGAGAAUAGAUUAAAUAAAAACCCACAACUGUACGACAGAGUGAGAGUGCAAAUAGCAGAGUACCUUCAAAAGGGUUAUGCACACAAAAUAACAGCAGAGGAAGAAACUUCAUCGGAUCCCCGACGUGUGUGGUUCCUCCCAUUGGGUGUAGUCGUAAAUUCGAAGAAGCCGGAUAAGGUCCGCCUUGUGUGGGAUGCAGCCGCUAAAACAGAACACAUUUCUUUUAACGAUAUGGUCUUGAAAGGGCCAGAUUUUCUGAUAUCGCUGCCCGGAGUCCUGUUCCGGUUCCGCCAACGACAGAUCGCAGUUAGUGGUGAUAUCAGAGAAAUGUUCCACCAGAUUCUGAUUCGCCAGUCUGAUCGUCAAUCGCAGAGGUUCCUCUGGAGGGACGAUUCAUCGCUUUCCAUCGAUGUUUAUCAGAUGGAUGUGGCAACAUUUGGUUCAGCAUGCUCCCCAUGUAGUUCACAAUUUGUGAAGAAUUUGAACGCCAGAGAAUUAGAACAUCAAUAUCCGAAAGCAUCGAAGGCAAUUAUAGAAGACCAUUAUAUGGAUUACUAUCUAGGCAGAUUCGAUAGUGUCGAUGAAGCAGUAGAAGUGUCGACAGAAGUAAAGACUGUUCAUGGAAGGGCAGGAUUUCAAAUUAGAAAUUGGUUGUCGAAUUCUAAGGAAGUGGUGCAGCGGCUAGGAGAAAAUAUGACAGAACAUUCUAAGCAAUUCAACAUCGACAAAUCAAACGUGUGUGGAGGAGUUCUUGGGCUGAAGUGGUCUACGGAAGAAGACGUCUUUCGAUUCACCUUUGGAGAUAACAAUGUAAUUAAAAGUCUUUUCGAACGUGAUUCAACACCUACAAAGCGGGAAAUUCUUCGCUUUGUCAUGAGUUUCUUCGAUCCUCUUGGACUGAUAUCAAUGGUGAUAAUUCAAGGGAAAAUCAUUCUACAAGAAGUUUGGAAAUCUGGCACAGACUGGGAUGAGACAGUGACAAACGAAAUUUACGAUAGAUGGCGACGCUGGUUGGAAAAUCUUUGA